UAACACGGGUCAGCCCAAAGGGAGUGAUUCUGUACCUCCAAAGACAGUCUCGCUGAGCCCUACCCUUCCCCACCCGGUCCGCACCGCAUCCCACCACAGCCGCUGAGGAGGAGGGGGUCCUGGAGCCAGCACAAGUGGGCCAAAGUUCGGGUGCGCGUCUCAACCCCAGCCUCCUGGAAUUGAAUCUCUUCUUGGACCUGCAGGGAGUUUCUGAGACCUCAAGAGAGGCAGGCUCUAAGCCUGACAGACCUGGGAGGGAAGCGCCUGAUUGACCAAGGUCCUAGGGGUCUCUAAAGGUGCCAAGCUUCUGUUUAGCACCCAGUGAUGGCCCGCAGAAGACUGGCCCUGGGCCUGGCAUUCUGCCUGCUCGCUAGCACAAGUCUCUGGGUCCUCUGGGGAUAUGUCAAGGACCAGCUGCUGGUCUCCUACGUGCCUUAUUACCUCCCCUGCCCAGAGUUGUUCAACAUGAAGCUGCAGUUCAGGCGGGAGAAGUUGUUGCAGCCCACGACGCAGUGGCAGUACCCUCAGCCUAAGCUACUAGAACACAGGCCCACAGAGUUGCUGACACUUACUCCCUGGUUGGCACCCAUCGUCUCCGAGGGAACCUUCGACCCGGAGCUUCUGCAGAAUAUGUACCGGCCAUUGAACCUGACCAUUGGAGUCACCGUGUUCGCCGUGGGGAAGUACACCUGCUUCAUUCGGCCCUUCCUGGAGUCAGCUGAAAAGUUCUUUAUGCGUGGGUACCAAGUACACUACUACCUCUUUACUCACGACCCUGCAGCCGUUCCCAGAGUCCUUCUGGGCCCCGGCCGCCUCCUCAGCAUCAUCCCCAUCCAGGGUCACUCCCAGUGGCAGGAGAUCUCCAUGCGUCGGAUGGAGACCAUCAGCAAACACAUUGCCAAGAGGGCCCACCAAGAGGUGGAUUACCUCUUCUGUCUCGAUGUGGAUAUGGUCUUCCGUAACCCAUGGGGCCCCGAGACUUUGGGUGAUUUAGUGGCUGCCAUUCACCCAGGCUAUUUUGCUGUAUCUCGUCAGCAAUUCCCUUAUGAACGCAGGCAAGUUUCCACUGCCUUUGUGGCAGACAAUGAGGGGGACUUCUAUUAUGGUGGGGCAGUCUUUGGGGGACGAGUGGCCAGGGUAUAUGAGUUUACCAGGGCCUGCCACAUGGCCAUCCUGGCAGACAAAGCCAAUGGCAUCAUGGCAGCCUGGCAGGAGGAGAGCCACCUAAACCGCCGCUUCAUCUGGCACAAACCAUCUACAGUGUUAUCCCCAGAGUACCUCUGGGAUGACAGGAAGCCUCAGCCCCCAAGCCUGAAGCUGAUCCGAUUCUCCACAGUAGACAAGGAUACCAGCUGGCUGAGGAGCUAACAGUAGAGCUGAGACCCCACUCUGCCUCCCCACCCCAUGCCAAGCCCAGCCCUGCCCACGUCAGUCUACUGGGGAGUCCAACCAGGAAAAUGGGUGGAAAGAAGAUGUAAAACCAUGAGGGACUGUGCAUCCACAGCAUGAGUGGUUGGACAAGAGGGAGACCAGAGCCUCAAAAAAGACAGGGCCUGGCAGGCCUCCUCACACCCACCCAAGGAAUGGAUGUGCCUGCCUUCCCAGGACAGGCCCUGGAAUCCAGCCCUACUCAAAGUGCCUGGAGGCCUGCUGCUGUCCUCAUUAUAUACUGUUUUUUUAGUUUGGUUUUAAUCUGCAGUGUUGGGGAUCACACUGAUGGUAAGUGCUCUGCCUCUGAGCCCUGGCCUCCACCCUUGAAUCUACGCUUUAAUAUCCUCAUCCCAAGUCCCAUGUUCUUCCCCCAGCCACGUGUGUUCUUCAUUCAGGAUCCCAGGACUAGCUCUGAAGUAGACCAGGUUCACCUGCAUCCAUCCCAUGAUGUGCCUCAUUCUCAGGGACUAGAUGUCUUCUUGGUUAGACAGUUUGUGGUAGCCUUCAAUAAAGAUGGUGUGAAUUAGG